AUGGCGGCGUCACGCCAGCGACUCGGGAAUCGCCUCUUCCGAACGUAUGGGGCUGUGGGCGGCGGGAGGCCGCGGCGGCGGCCGGACCGGGCAGUCGCGCAGUGGUUCCCGCCGCAAGACCGGAAGCGUUUUUUCAGCAGCAGCAGCAGUAGUAGCAGCGACGCUGGCAGCGGCGGCCCCUCGGGGUCUAUCGCUUCCGACGAUCCCGACGACCCUGACUUCCUCGGCGCUCCGGUAGGUCAGCGGCGGAGGCGCCCUGGAGGUCAAGCCUCCAAGGACUGGCCGAGUCUGAUCGAGACUCCACGACGCCUGAGGCUGCGAGCUCGGCCUCCGCAAAAGUGCAGCACCCCCUGCGGCCCGCUUGGACCGCCGCCCUUCCCUAACGGCAACCCAGGCCGCCUCAGCCCGGACCUCAGUACGUGCAACCAGCCCGGGGACGGCGGCGAGCUGGGCACCAGUGCCUCCCUGUUCAGCAGUCUGGCCUCUCCCGGCCCCGGCCCCUCCGCCUCUCUGGAUGCGGCCUCCGAAGUUCCGAGCGGCUUCCACCUCCCAACAGCCUCCCGGGACCCAACAUCCCUCCAUGGCUUCCAGGAGGCAGCAACGGGAGGAAGCAGGUUCACCAGACUGGCCCACCAAGCCCAUGCCAGCCUCAGGUCAGCUCUCUUUAGUCUUAUGGAUUUUGGAAACCCUGAAGAUUCUGAGUUUGGGGCAGAUGGGAAGAAUAUGAGGGAGUCUUGCUGUGAAAGGGAAUGGGCUGGGAAGAGGUUGGAGAGGCCAGGUUUAUCAAGCAUUGGUAAGAAGAGGGCCACAGACCAGGACUCCUGUCAAGAGAUUGGGUCUCAAGGGGCUGCCCAGAUGGACCAGGAGGCAGAUGGUUGCAAGAGCUGUAUUGUACCUGGGGAAAUCAACAGGUUUGAGAGAACUGGGCCUAGGCGAAAAAGGAAACUUCAGGAAACAGUAGAAACCUCCCUUCUCCAUUAUCACCAGUUUAAGAGGAACCAAAAGAUGGAAAAAGACUCAUUCCUCACCCAGGACCUGACUCAUUUACAGAACGCCUGCUCUUGGACCAAAGCCAGGGCUUCCUUCAGUUUCCACAAGAAGAAGAUGGUGACUGCUGUGUCAGAAGUUUGCAGCAGCCACACCAUUGCCAGUUCUCUCUCUGAGUCCCUCAUAUCCGAAUAUUCAAACCCUCCUGUUAUGAACAGAACAAAUAGUGCUCUGUCUCCUUGGCACUGCUCUUCCAUGUAUUUGCUAACCCCCUUAAAGACACUACAUGUCACAGACAAAAAGGCAUGUGAUGCUGAGAAAGUUUAUGGGGAAUGCAAUCAGGAAGGUCCUAUCCCCUUUAGCUAUUGCCUUUCCACAGAAAAAUUGGAGUGCUGUCAGAAGAUUGGCGAAGGAGUGUUUGGAGAAGUGUUUCAAACAGUUGCUAAUAACACACCUGUUGCCCUAAAAAUCAUUGCUAUUGAAGGACAAGAUUUAGUCAAUGGAGCCCAUCAAAAAACUUUUGAGGAAAUUCUGCCAGAGAUAAUCAUCUCCAAAGAGUUGAGCCUCUUGUCUGAUGAGGUAUGCAACCGUACGGAAGGCUUUAUUGGUUUGAACUCAGUGCACUGUGUUCAAGGAUCUUAUCCUCCCUUGCUUCUCACAGCCUGGGACCAUUAUAACUCAACUAAAGGGUCUGCAAAUGACCGGCCUGACUUUUUUGAGGAAGACCAGCUCUUCAUUGUACUGGAAUUUGAGUUUGGAGGUACUGACUUAGAGCAAAUGAGAACGAAGUUGUCCUCCAUGGCUACUGCAAAGAGCAUCCUACACCAGAUCACAGCAUCCCUCGCGGUGGCAGAGGCAUCACUGCACUUUGAGCACCGAGACUUACAUUGGGGGAACGUGCUCUUAAAGAAAACCAGCCUCAAAGAGCUCCACUACACCCUCAAUGGGAAGACAAGCACUAUCCCCACCCGUGGAGUGCAAGUCAAUAUCAUUGACUACACACUGUCACGGUUGGAGCGGGAUGGGAUUGUGGUGUUCUGUGACAUUUCCAUGGAUGAGGACCUAUUUACAGGUGAAGGUGACUACCAGUUUGAGAUCUAUAGGCUAAUGAGGAAGGAAAACAACAACUGCUGGGGUGAAUAUCACCCUUACAAUAAUGUGCUCUGGCUCCAUUACCUAACAGAUAAGAUUCUGAAACAGAUGACCUUCAAGAUUAAAUGUAACACCCCUGCCAUGAAACAAAUGAAGAGAAAGAUCCAGCAUUUUUAUAGGACAAUGCUGAACUUCAGUUCUGCCACUGACUUGCUUUGCCAGCACAGUCUAUUUAAAUAAGCCAGAGAUGCCUUACUGGCCCAAACUGAGAGGACAAUGGUCUUACAGCCCCUGAUGCUAUUUUCAAUCUCCAUUCCCAGAGCAGGGUGGAAUUCCCAUUCUAAAUGU